AUAAGCAAAAGUGCUCAAACCAUCUUUGACUAUUAAGGACUGAAAAUUAAUUCCAUGUGUUUGAGUUGAAACAUCUGUUAUUGUGCUAAUAAACAUAAUAUGCUUUGUUCUUUUGUUUCAUCACGUAUGGAAGCUUCUGAUUUCUCUCAUCCUAUUUGAGCUUGCUUUCCUAUUUACAUGUUUAUUCUCUUUUAUGCAUACUCCUCAAAUAAUGACAUUUACAAUAUAAUCAAAACACACUCAAUUGCAUAGAAUCUCCAAACUUGAUUCCAGAGAAGACACUAGGUUUAGUGGACACCAAACUCCUUAGGAAUGAUGAGGAUUAAAUAAUCUGAUUCAAAUAGGUCCAAUUCUAACCCUACAUACUAUGAUCUACAUGUACCUGACAAAAUGAAAGCAAAUGAGAAACUUAAAAGGCUUCAGCGAAGAAAAGAAAAUUGAUUACUUUGGUAAAUCAAGAAGUUCGUUAGCAUCCAUGGGAACGGUCUUCGUCAUCAUAGCAACCGCCCAAUCGCCCAAGGGGGCCAAGAAGCCAAAUAAAACCCUUCUCUUCGCGGCCUAAGCAACAGGAAGAAGAAAGGUUGUCGAUAGCGAACGCGACAAUAUAUUUCCUUUUUUCGUUUUCAUCCCCCUCGAUCUCGAAUCGGACGGACGAGUUCUCACUUCGCGAUCCAGAUGUCUGCGGCGGCUAUCGCCUGCAGUAGAGGCGCCGCCACGUUCGGGUUUCGUUGCUGGUCGCUGAUGCGGCUGCCGGCGGCGCAAGUCGGGUACCCUCGGUCCAAUUUAUCGCUGCUGCAGCGCUUCACUUCGGACGAGAGCAACGGGAGUAGGGCUUGCCUUAUCGACACGCUCGCUCUGGUCAAGAAGUUGGAGAAGGAAGGGGUCCCGUCGAAGCAAGCGGAGGCCAUAACGAAGGUUUUGAACGAGAUCGCCCACUCCCUUGGGUCCAAGCCCGAGAUACAGAGGGAUCAACACUAUCCAAUGCUGCAACGAGAGACUGAAGAAAAUCUUCGAGUUGAUAUCGUGAAAAUGCGUAGUGAACUUAGAUAUGAAAUCGACAAGGUUAUUGCUGGGCAGCGCUUGGAUCUAAUCCUCGAGAGACGGCGCAUACGUCACAAGUUACGUGACAAGUUAGCCAAACAAAGUGCAGAAACCACAGAACUUAUUACCAAAAUCGAGAGGGAAAUCCUUGCAUUAAGGGCACAGCUAGACGCAGCAAAAUAUGAUGCCACAAAGUUUUGCAUCGCUACGGUUGUUUCUAUAUGUGCUGUUGCUUGUCAGAUUGCGGCUCUCACGUUCAGUCCCUCGCGUGUAGAAGCGGCUGAGGAGAUCCCCAAGGACAAAUGA